UUAAAUGUUUUCCCUAAAAAUUAUCGUUUUUUGGACUGUCAGAUAGAGCUUAUUGCAUCGGGAUCAGAUGCCCUUUGUAAAGUCUAGAGAGAUUCCGAUCCAGGUUAUGUAAACUUUCUUUUUGACAAUGGAGACGACACGCGUAAAGGAAAUAUUACAGAAUUUUAUAUCAGGGAUAACUUCUGCUGAAGAAUGCUUUUGCUUAAUAGUUUCACUUGAUGGAUACGAUUCUACCAGACAACAUUUUUUGGAGUACAUUGACGCUUUACAGCUCACAAACACAGAAAAGUACCAUCAACUUUGCAACAUUUAUGUAAACUACUUUGAAAAGCCUCCUUCUGACACGUUCACGGAUCCAAUAGGUUGUAGUGUUGAGAAUGGAUAUUUGACGAGUGACUUUGGGUAUGAAUUAGAUGUAGAGCUUGCAUCUGCGCUUUCUAUAGAACAGAAAGAAAACCCAGAAUCUUCAUAUGCCAGUAUCCUGCAUGUCAAAUCAAAUAGAUCUAGUGUAUCUAAUUCAAAAAGUGAAGUAAAGAAAGCUCAAGUCCAAAUUACAGAAAUAUCUAAAGCUUCCAACAACACAGCAUCAAAUCAAUCUUCCAAAAAGAAGAAAAAGCAAGGCAGGGCAAGUAGUAAGAGUUCGGAUAAGCAGCUGCAAAGACCUGUACUAUACUGGCUCAGGAGAGACCUUCGCCUGUAUGACAAUCCAGCACUAUGUGCAGCAGCCAGCAUGAACUCACCUGUAAUAUUAGCUUUCCUUUGGUCAGAGUCUGAAGAGGAUCCAGACAAUGUUGUGGCUGCUGGGGGUGCAACAAAAUUAUGGCUACACCACGCUUUGAAGGAAUUAAACAAAUCAGUUGCCGACAAAUAUGAAAAUGAAAUAAUAUUCAGAAAAACAGACUCAUAUCAGAAAGAAAUUAUGAAAUUGAUGGAUGAAACUGGUGCUAAAACAUUUAUCAUUAAUGAUAUUUAUGAGCCAUUUCUCAAGCAGAGAGAUGACAAAAUUUGUGAACAGCUUCAGAAAAGGGGAAUCAACUGUAAACGUUUUCCUUCCUACUUGUUACAUGAGCCAGACUCAGUGUCCACCGAGUCCCUUGGGAUGAGAGGUAUUGGCUCAGUGACUCACUUCAUGGAGUGUUGUAGACAGUCCUCUACUCAGCCCAUAGGACAUCCUCUGGAGGCCCCCGGGACACUGCCCAGACCUGAACAGUAUCAAAUCAGCAUGUCUCUAUCUGACUUAGGACUGGCAAAGAUGCCAAGGAGAAAAGAUGGAACUAUUAUAAACUGGGCAGCACCUAUUGUAGAAAAAUGGGAUUUUGGAGAGAAUGGAGCUUGGAAUGCUUUAGAGCUCUUUUUGUCUGAAGGUGUGAGGAAAUAUGAGAAGGAGUCGUGUCGGGCAGAUCAUCUGAACACCUGCAGAAUCUCUCCCUAUCUUCACUUCGGCCAGAUCAGUCCCCGCGCUAUACUGGAGGAGGCCAGACACAUGAAAUCCCCCAAGUUCCUCAGAAAGCUGGCCUGGAGAGACCUCUCCUACUGGCUGUUGUCUCUGUGGCCAGAUCUCCCGUCACAACCUACCAGGGUCCAUUACAGGGAUCAGGCCUGGAGCAGCAACAGGGAUCACUUGAAGGCUUGGCAGAGGGGAAGGACAGGGUUCCCUCUGGUGGAUGCUGCUAUGAGACAACUGUGGUUAGAGGGGUGGAUCAAUAACUACCUCAGGCACGUGGUGGCUUCCUUCCUCAUAUCCUACCUCCGUAUUCACUGGGUGGAGGGAUACAGGUGGUUCCAGGACACUCUGCUGGAUGCUGAUGUGGCUAUUAACGCCAUGAUGUGGCAGAAUGGUGGUAUGAGUGGUCUGGACCAGUGGAAUUUUGUCAUGCAUCCCGUGGAUGCGGCCUUGACCUGUGACCCAGAUGGGGCUUAUGUUAGACGCUGGUGCCCAGAGAUCGCCUCUCUCCCUAAUGACUUCAUACACCAGCCCUGGAAAUGUCCCCCCUCCAUUCUCAGAAGAUGUGGUGUAAAAUUAGGAGAGACCUACCCUGCCCGAGUCCUGACAGAUCUGGAACAAGCCAGGGAGCAGUCAUUGUCUGACGUCGUAGCUGUACGCAAAAAACACCCGGAGUACGUAGACAGGCGGACAGGUAACGACCUUGUACCACUCCCCAAUGGCCUCUGUCUGCCAGUCAUCACAAGAAUGGAGUUUAAAUACAAAUCACACCACCCCGAGGCUAAGGACAACCCCCACACAGCGGUACUCAGGGGGUACAGGUCAAGGAAAAGGGACGAAGCCAUUGCCUUUGCCAAUGAGAGAGACUUUAUGGCAAGCACGAUGAACGAAUGUAUGAAGAUGAAUGAAAGGAAACUCAGAGCAAAUAAUCUUCAGUCCUUUUCUUGACGUUGUGUAUAGAGGAUGAAUCAUUUCUUAGCUUUCAUGGAUAACACUGCAGCUGCUUUAUUGUUUAAAUCUAAAUGAAAUAAUCCUGUGAUAUGUUAGAAACCUGUGAAUGUUUAUGAACUUGUGGAGGAAGCUCUCCUGAAAUAAUGCCUAAUGCCAUGAGUAAAUUAUUUAUCUGGUUGAAGUGAAUGAUGAGAUUGCUGUUACAUAAUUGUUGAUACCAGACAGAUUCUAGACAUUACUCAUGAUCAGACUUGUUAACUCUCUUUUGCCCUGAGAAAGAAAUGUAAUACAGUAAUUAAGGGAGCCAACUGGGGUUUUAUUGUGUGAAAACUACAAUAGAGAAACUCUUUAAUUUAAUAACAUAUGUUACUUACACUGACUUCAGUGUACAUACCAAGUUUGGGGAAAAUCUACCACCCUGGUAUUUUAUUGGACUGUCUCAAAAUACAGGUACAUUUACUAUAGGAUUACUUUUAGUUUAGAAAGUGCCAAUUUUUCACAAUUUAAAGCAAAUUAUACAAAUACUACAAUUGGAGUACCUGUACUAUAAAAUAUGAAAGAUACAAGGAAUUUAUACAAAAAAUCAUAAAAAUGAUUAAAAGAAUCUCAAAUUCCUAUGUUUUAUAUUGCAAGAGGUUUUGACAUUUUUAUGACCCCCUCUUCAAGAGCUUCAGUUUAUCAUAAUGUCAAAAGCACGCUAUUACAAUGUCAAUCUUCUUGGUAGUCAGUUGAAAAAUCACUUCAAAAUCAGUUAUAUAAAAUUGUUAUUAAUUUUUUUUAACCUAUAAUUUCUUAAUUUUGUUAAAUUUUAUUAAUUAUUUAAAAAAAGGUUGCUUUAAAACAGAAUGAAUGCUUCCUUUUACUAUGAUAUGCAAAGAAUUGCACAAUGGAAACCCCAGUCGAUCCCCUUUAAGCAACUUUUUUCACUUAAGGUAAGUCACUCCUGAAAUUUAUUAAAUCAAGGAUUUUUUGAGAAGUAUAUUUUGGAUAAGUACUCAUAAAGUGUAACACAAAAUCGCAAAGAAAAUAGGGGGUCAGUGUGCAUCCUACUGAUCUAUCUCUUUGGUUAAUUACUUAACCCUUAUUAUAUUUGAUCAGAUGUAAGCAUGGCAAUAAAUAUAAUCUUAUUUUACGUAAAAUAGUUUGAAUAAUAUUUAUCAUUAAACAGAUCUUGCAAAUUAAUGGGU